AUGCCGCCCAAGCAACGCGGCCUACGGGGCAACAGCUUGCUCUACACCGUCUCGGUGUUCAUCUCCAUCGGCGUAUGGCUCUUUGGAUACGAUCAAGGAGUCAUGUCUGGCGUCAUUACUGGACCAUACUUCAAGGCAUACUUCAACCAACCGUCGUCGACACAGAUAGGAAACAUGGUCGCCGUGCUCGAGAUCGGAGCGUUCAUCACGUCCCUAGCAGCCGCAACCCUCGCAGACAAGCUGGGCCGCCGCAUGACGAUGCGUCUCGGUGCCGUCUUCUUCUCCAUUGGCGGCUGUUUCCAGACAUUCUGUAACGGAUACGCCGUCAUGGUGUUUGGGCGGUUCGUCUCGGGCUGCGGCGUCGGCAUGCUGAGCAUGAUCGUCCCGAUCUACCAGGCUGAGAUCUCUCCGGCCGACCACCGCGGCUUCCUCGGCGCACUCGAGUUUACGGGCAACAUUGUCGGCUACAGUUCCUCUGUCUGGAUCGAUUACGCGUGCAGCUACAUCGAGUCGGACUGGUCGUGGCGGCUGCCCCUGUCGAUCCAGGUCAUUGGCGGCAUCGUCCUGUGCAUGGGCAGCUUCGUCUGCCCCGAGUCGCCCCGCUACCUCAUCGACACGGAUCAGGACACCGAGGGUCUCCAGGUCAUCGCCGACUUCCAGGGUCGGGACCUGGACGAUGAAAAGGUCCAGGAAGAGUACAACGAGAUUCGCGACGGAGUCCUUGCAGACCGUGCCGUCGGCGACCGCUCGUACAAGGCCCUGUGGACCCGGUACCGCGGCCGUGUUCUGAUCGCCAUGAGCUCACAGCUGUUUGCCCAGCUUAAUGGCAUCAACGUGAUAUCUUACUAUGCUCGUGGGUAUUCGUCGGUUUUGUCCGAUGCUAACCCGCCAGCACUGGUUUUUGAGCAGGCCGGCUGGAUUGGACGCGAUGCUAUUCUCAUGACAGGCAUCAACUCGCUCUUCUACGUUACCUCGUCCAUCCCGCCAUGGUGGCUUACCGACCUGGCCGGACGCCGUCCGAUCCUGCUCUGUGGCUCGAUCGCAAUGGCGCUCGCCCUCACUGCCACGGGCUACUGGAUCUACAUUGACCAAGCGAUCACGCCCAACGCCGUCGUCGUCUGUGUCGUGGUCUACAACUUUGCAUUCGGCAUGAGUUGGGGACCGAUCCCAUGGCUCUACCCUCCCGAGAUCAUGCCCCUGCCGUUCCGCGCAAAGGGUGUGUCCCUGUCGACGGCGACCAACUGGCUCGCAAACUACUGGGUCGGCGUCACCACCCCGCUCUUCCAGGAGCUUAUCGGCUGGCGCCUGUAUCCCAUGCACGCGUUCUUCUGCGUGGUCUCGUUUAUCUUGGUCUACUUCCUGUACCCCGAGACCCGUGGCGUGCCACUCGAGGAGAUGGACAAGCUCUUCGGCGACGAGUCCACCGACGACGACGACGACGAUGACGACGACGACAUCAUGUCCGACCCCGAGGCGCAGUCCGAGACUGAGACGUCCUCGCUCGUCGGUAGCCUGAGGCCCGGUGGCUCGGUCUCGUCCACGCUCCCGCUGUCCCGACGCGGGUCUCCGAUGCCUGCGCGCGCGGACAAUUCCCUCUUUGGCCGGAUGCACGAUGCGUUCGACGGCCUUAUGGGUCGUCGGCCGCCCCGCCGCGACUCGGUCAGCCGAGGACGGUACAACGCGAUUGCGGCGGACGAUAACCAAUAG